UUGUCAGACGCGCGUUGCACUUCGCGGUCGCACAGACGCUUUAGUCGAAAAUUUUGGCUUAAUUUUAACACUCGGGUGCUCGGUUGUAGCGUAGCAAAGACAGAGUAAAAACAAAAAUAAAAACAAAAACAAAUAAAAGUCUCAUUGCCCAGCAACGAAGAAGACGUGAAAGACGUGGAGGCAAAGAAAAACAACGGCGCUAGCAAAAGCUUGCUUUGCAUACAAGUCUACGUAAGACACACACACACACACUCAGGCGCUUAUGUGUAUGUGUGUGAGUAGCGUACAAGCCGUCAACUUUCGGUCUCGAGCGCGCUGAGCACAUUCGCUUAGCACAGAAACAGUCAGCGUCUGCUCGCGUACGCACGCAUGCGCAACACUUUCGCUUUUCGUCUUAACUUCGCCUUACCGCCUUAAAAGUCGUUCAGCGUCGCCCUUUGUCGCUUGUGUGGCUACUUGCUUUUGGCUACGCUGUACGUGCUUUCCGUACAAACAAUUCGCGCAGGAUCAAUUCGUGUUUCAUAUCCUUAAACACUCCGCUGUCGUGUUUGUUUUGUGUACGUGUGCGUGUGUGUGUGUGAUUGUGUGCAUGCAAUUUAACAUUCAACUCUACAAAACGCGAUUAUGCCACAGCCUGCGUAAUGCUGGUUGGCGAACGGAACACUUACAAAUUCUACAUAAUCGGUUAUAAUCUAUUCGGCAAGACGUUCGACACGCUCACCAGCGCUUAGCGUGUUGCUAGCUGCACUCAAAAAUUUCAAACACAUUUUCGCCAAAAAAAAUAUAUAUUUAUAAAUCAAUUACGACGCGUUACGUGUGUGCGCCGCCGCAUUAAAUAAAGUAAAAAAUAAAAAAAGAAGAGAAAAUUCGCAAAGUGCCAAAUAUUUAAGCAUUUUACUUGUAAAAUUACCAACUAAAAUAAUUAUUCUAAUUUAUUUAACAUUUUAAUAUUUAAGUAAACACUAAAACUACGUUUAAGUGCAAACACGAGCUGUACCUUAGUAAAUAAGUAUCCUGUGCGACGAGGACAACAUUAAUUUCGAUAGAGAAAGAGAGAGAAUAUUGAAUUUAAGAAGAAUUUCAAGAAUUGGCAGUGAAAAUGGCAAAGCAACGCCUACGCAUUGGUUUAUUAUUAAGUUGCCUCUUUGUGGUGACCACAGCACUGCGCAUUCCCGACGACUUGCAGGCGAACUCUGAGGCUGCAUUGCGCUUGGAGCGCGCACGCUCAUUGCAACCCUGCAAUCAAACAGACACCGAAAUCUGCCCACCGAGCAAGUACCGCCAACCCACCGGCGAAUGCAACAAUGUCUCGCAUCGCAAGUGGGGCGCACGUGGCGAUAUCUUGCUGCGCCUCCUUGCACCCGAUUACGCUGACGGCAUAAGUCAACCGCGCACGUCGACUGGCACACAUGCGCUGCCCGAUGCCGACAACGUUAUCGAACAACUGCAAAAUCAUGUCGACGCCGAGCUGCGGCAUCCACACAUUACCGCUAUGUUGCCCGCUUGGGGACAAUUGCUCGCCAAUGAUAUGUAUGAGGUGAGUCAGUUGACCUCCAGCCCGAAGUGCUGUAAUGAGAAUGCGAACGUGAAGAAUCCCGAAGAGCUGCAACAGUGUUAUGUACGCCGUGGCGCCGAUUGUAAGGAGUACAAACGCUCCGCGCCUGGUUUUGAUGCGGAUACAUGCAACAAGCGUCAACGCGAGCAGAUGAACGUCGCCUCGGCCUACAUCGAUGGCUCCGGUUUGUAUGGCGCCACCUUGAAGGAUAUGCAGGAUCUGCGCACCUACAUUAGUGGUGGCGUUAAGGUUGAAUCAUGCAAAUACUGUCAGUUGAACAGCGCUUCGGGUGCGCUGCAUCGCGCGCUCUUGCAAGAGCACAACAACAUCGGCGAGCAGUUGGCGCAUUUGAAUCCCGAUUGGUCCGAGGAGGAUGUGUUCUUUGAGACGCGUCGCAUUGUUACCGCACAAAUCCAGCACAUCACCUACAGCGAAUUCUUGCCCAUGGUGUUGGGUCAGGAGACAACCGCCAAGGAGGGUCUGAAACUCACCGCCGAAAAGCACUCAUCGAACUACUCGAGCACCAAUCGUGCUGGCAUCUAUAAUGAGGUCGCCAAUGGCGCUUUCCCCUCAUUCCUCACCAUGUAUCCACCAGAGAUGAUCUCGCACUCCAUGUCUGCUUCUCAACUACUCUCGGUCGCUGCGCUGCAAAAGUCGCUGAUUCCUGUUAAUAAGAAUGCGGAAGGUUGGACCGAACUGGCUUUGGCCAUCCAUCGUGGUCGCGAUCAUGGCAUACCUUCUUACCGCCACGCCUUGGACUUGUGUCAGGAGCAGUACUCAGGCGCAGAUUCAGCUAAUAUUACCUUUGAGUCUUUGGCCAAAAUCUCGAAUAUACCCGAGGAACACAUUACCAGUUUGAGGGAUAUUUACCAAAACGCCGAUGAUGUUGAUUUGUUGGUCGGUGCUCUGCUUGAAGAUCCCGCCGUGGGCGCGAUUUUCGGUCCCACUAUCACCUGCUUGCUUACACGUCAAUUCGAAUUGCUGAAGAAGUCCGAUCGUUUCUGGUAUGAAAAUGAUAUUCCUCCAUCCUCCUUCACUUUGGAGCAACUGCAGAGCAUACGUCGUACCACAUUGGCUGGUAUACUUUGCGAUUCCAAUCAGGUCGAAAAGGUGCAAUCAAAGGCAUUCAUACGCGAGGAUAACUUUUUGAACUCCGAACUUGAUUGCGAACAAAUCUCGUCAUUAGAUUUGCGUCCUUGGCAAAACAAGCAAGAAGAAGAUGAGCUACAUGAACAUGUCGAAAUGGAACCGGAAGUUAAAGAGGCCAUAAGCGAAAUCAAUAUUGAGUUAUUGGAGGCUGCCGUAGAACGCGCCAAGGUGGAACUGGAGGAACGCAAGCGUUUCGAAUACGAAUCUUGGUUGUCACAGGGUGGCAUUAGCGCCAAAUCUGGCGACGGCGUCGCGGCAUCCUUCAGCAAGGCCAACCGCAAUGCGCUCGCUCUGGCCAACUCAUCGCUCAUGUUUGAGUUGACUUCCAAUGAGAUCCUGAAUACCUUGAACUCCAUUAAUCGUCGCAAACGUCAAGCCUUCGAUAGCAACUUCAAUCGCAAUGAACUAUCAGAGACUCUUCAAACUAUUGAUAUAAAUGCUAUACUUGGUGGCUCAACCCAACAGGUCAAUACCGAAUGCGAUGAUCCACCAAUUGCUUGUGAUACCUCAUCGCCCUUCCGUACCAUCACCGGUUACUGUAAUAACUUACGCAAUCCCAACUGGGGUAAAUCGUUGACCACUUUCUCACGUCUCUUGCCGUCACAAUACGACGAUGGUAUCUCGAAGGUGCGAUUGCUCUCGGUCAACGGCAGUCCUUUGCCAAACCCACGUACCGUUUCGACCGUCAUUCACCCGGAUAUCUCCAACUUGCAUACACGUUACUCUCUCAUGGUGAUGCAGUUCGCACAGUUCCUCGAUCACGAUCUGACUAUGACACCAAUCCACAAAGGUUUCCACGAAUCCAUUCCCAGCUGCCGUCGUUGCAAUUCCGCACAAACCGUACAUCCCGAAUGUAAUCCCUUCCCAGUGCCACCCGGCGACUAUUUCUUCCCCGAAGUAAAUGUGACAAGCGGUGAACGUUUCUGCUUCCCUUCGAUGAGAUCAUUGCCUGGCCAGUUGGCGUUGGGUCCACGUGAACAGAUCAAUCAAAAUUCUCACUUCUUGGAUGCCUCUAUGGUUUAUGGUGAAAAUCAUUGUGUCGUAAAUAAAUUGCGCGGCUUCGGUGGUCGCAUGAACUCCACAAUCCGCUCAUUCGGUAAGGAACUACUGCCACAAUCCAAUUCUCAUCCCGAAUGUAAGUCACGCAACAACCUCUGCUUCAUUGCUGGCGAUGAUCGCGCUUCUGAGCAGCCAGGUCUCACUGCCAUCCACACGAUAUUCAUGCGUGAACACAAUCGCAUUGUCGAGGGUCUACGUGGUGUGAACCCCCACUGGAACAGCGAUCAAUUGUUCCAUCAUGCGCGUCGCAUACUCACCGCCGAAUGGCAACAUAUGGUCUUCAAUGAAUUCUUACCACGUGUGCUCAGUUGGAACGCUGUGAAUUUGUAUGGUCUGAAAUUGCUGCCUCAAGGCUACUACAAGGACUACAAUCCUUCAUGCAGUCCAAUCAUCUUCAACGAAUUCGCUGCGGCCGCUUUCCGUAUUGGACACUCCCUGUUGCGUCCACAUAUUCCACGCUUAAGUGUCAACCACCAACCCGUCGACCCACCAUUGCUGUUGCGUGAUGGUUUCUUCCGUAUGGAUGCUAUACUACAGCCCGGCAUCAUUGACGAGAUCUCGCGUGGUUUAGUCGCUACACCUAUGGAAACUUUGGAUCAGUUCAUCACCGGUGAGGUAACCAAUCAUUUGUUCGAGGACCGUAAGAUUCCAUUCUCCGGCAUUGAUCUUAUCGCACUCAACAUUCAAAGAGCACGUGAUCACGGUAUUCCCGGCUAUAACAACUACCGUGCUCUCUGCAACUUGAAACGCGCCACCACCUGGAGCGAUCUCAGUCGCGAAAUGCCAAACGAAGUCAUUAACCGUUUCAAGAAAAUCUAUGCUUCCGUCGACGAUAUAGAUCUAUUCCCUGGCGCCAUGACUGAACGUCCAUUGCAAGGUGGCUUGGUCGGUCCAACAUUGGCUUGUAUUAUUGGUAUACAGUUCCGUCAACUGCGUAAAUGCGAUCGUUUCUGGUAUGAGAACGCCAAUCCCGAGGUGCGCUUCACAGAAGCACAACUGGCUGAAAUUCGUAAAGUCACAUUGGCUAAGGUGAUUUGCGAGAACUUGGAGAUUCCUGGAGAUAUACAACGUGCUGCUUUCGAUUUGCCCAGCAAUUUCCUCAACCCACGUGUACCCUGCUCUUCAAUGCCACAAAUUGAUUUGAGUCAAUGGCGUGAAAACGUACAAGGUUGCCAGAUUGGCAACAGACAUGUGCGUGUCGGCGAAUCGGCAUUCCCCUCGCCCUGUACCAGCUGUGUGUGCUCCACCGAAGGGCCACAAUGUGCCUCGCUACGCAUCACCGACUGCGGCCAACUGAUCCGCCAAUGGCCCAAAGAAGCCAUUCUACGCGACGAAGUCUGUAACUCACAGUGUGGCAUCUACUUGAAUGGCAAUGGCAACUUUGCGCAGGCGCGCCAGGCCUCCGUGCAGGCACCAGUGCGCGUGCAACGCUCUCGCCCACAGAACAUCUUCAAAUUCCCCGAUCUAACGCCAUUCAUUGCUUCCUUGUAGAUGUAGAUAGACAACAGAAGCCCCGAAAGCAUUAACUAACUUAUAUACGUAGAAACGGAACGAAAGUUGCGAUGAAGGCAAGCAAAUGAAUGACAACGCAGCUGAGCGCAGCUAUUUGUUAAUAAUUAAUAAUAAAGUAAUUAUGAAGUUAGCAACAAAAGGGAAAAUAGUAACAAAAUGAAGUGUGUAAACACUGAAGAACGCCGCUCUCAGUGCAAGAGCGCAACGCCAACAGCCAAUAACUAAUUAAAUUUAAUUGUAAAUAAUCCUAAUGAGACCUUACUACCACUAUACCCACAUAUGUACAUAUAUUUGACAGCACUCAGUGGCCUUACGUCUACUUUUGGCAUGCACUGUAGUGUGUUAAUAUAUGCAAAGUAUAGUUUUCUAUGCUCCCCACAAAGAGCGGGGGUAUAGUGAAUCUAUCGUAAAAUGAUUUUAAAUGUUUGCUUGUAACAUAAAAUUAAGUGAAAUGGAAGUAGAAACCUCAAAGACUUAAGUACUUCUAGCUUUUAAUAAUGUAAUACAUAAGUAAGUGUAAAAACAAUUAUUAUGUAUUCUCCUCACACUGCUUUUGUGUCUUCCACUAUGCAUAUACUAUGUACAAUACAGUUCUCUUCAAUUUCAUAUGUAUAAAGCUCAACUGCCUAAAACUAUGCUACGACAUAAUAGAAAUAAUAUAUAUAGAAAUG